CAGCAAUAGCGCCAACAACAACAAUGGUUGCCUCCCCAGCAGCAAGCAAUUUGGCGGCAUUUUCCUGCUACGAGGCAAAUUGUGCAUUGCAGUUCGAGCAACAGCAGCAGCAGCAACAACAACAAGCAUAUUUGCAGCGUACGCAAUUGCAGCUAGCACUACAGCAGCAAGCAACUCAACGAGAACAACAACAACAACAACAACAUGCAGGUCAACAGCCACCGUCAACAUUUUACAUGCAACAAAUGCCUUUGGUCGGACCAGCAGCAACCGUUGCAGCAGCACCCACCCAACCACACCAACAAUACACCAUGCAAUGGCCAAUGCCGUUGCCGUUGCCUGCAAUGGCAGAGCAACAGCAUUGGCAAUUACAACAAUAUCAACAACAGCAGCAGCAGCAGCAGCAGCAACGACAACAGCUGGUGCAUUUUUAUCCCCUUGAGAGCUUAGCUGCUGCCUACAGCAGUUGAUGGGCAAAGCAAUAAUUUCCCUCCAGGGGGUUUUGCUAGGCGAUGCUAGGAAUGGGAAGAGUGAUUUGCAAGAGCACAAUUCUCGUUAUAGGCACGGUCGUUAUUAAUAUAAUUUGAGUCGGAUUAAAAUUCUAUUAACCCAUCAAUUCCAGAAGCUUUUGAAAUUACAAACGGUUUUUAUUUUGAUUUUGAAACCUCUUAGCUUUGCUCAAAACUAAGUUUAAUCUCAAACUAAAUAUAGUUAAAUUAGUAAAACCCGUAAAAAUUCAAAAAAAAACAGGUUAAAUGCUUUCAAAUUUCCUUAUUUCACAAAGGCCCUAACCAACACUUUUUUCGAAACUGCGUUUUUCACAGACUUUGGUAGGGUAUAUUAAAACGCACCUUCUUUAAAAAUUUUAAAGUGCUAGUAUCAAAAACACGGGAGUUAAGCUGCUUUUUCAAAAGGCCUAUCUUCAGUUUUUGAUUUACUUUGUAUAAUGUUUUUUUUUUUUACUUCUGUAAAAUAUAAAAUUUGCUGGUGGGGACCUUUGUGAAUUAAGGUAACGAUAUGUAUGUAUAACUUUGAGCUUGAGAAAAAAUUAACACUCUGUAACUUUACCUUUCAAAUACCGUGUAAUUUGUAAUUUUUCGAACUUCGAAGUACAAGCUUUCGAAAAUAACCGGUCUAUAAAAUGCAUAACUUAUGAAAAAACACAGAUUUCAAUAAGCUUUUGUAAAUUGCAUUUUUUCAAAAUGUCGGAUUCAUGCAUACCUCAAUUAAGGCGAGCUUUACCAAAAAAAAAAUUGUUAAAUUAAGCUCUCCAAACUUUAAUCGUGCAAAAUAUUUUACUUUUGAGUAAUCGGGCAAGCGAAAAUCCGAUCAGUCGACAGUCACAUUUCGAAUAAUUUUUGAGCUUUUGACAAUGUUUGCAUUAGAACUUUUUAAAUUAUGCCAAAAACAUAUAUUUGUUGUGCGUUUGAAUCUUGAAGCCUUACUAAAAUCUAAUUAUGGGCAAAAAUAAUCUUUAUAAGAGUAGAAACUUCAAGCGUUCAAAAGCUCUACGUUGAAAGAAUAAGCUUAGAACUUCGAUAGGCUUCACACAAAAGUUUAGCUUUUCGAUAAAUAAGCUAUAGAGUUAAAAAAAAAGAUUUCCGUGACUGAAACUCAAGCUUUUAAAAGCGCUAAAUUUAAAAAUAGUGAGUACUUUAGCUUAAGUAAGAUUGAAAAUAAAGCGGUUCAUUAGGCUUCACAAGCGUCAUAAGCUCCAUACUGCAAAAAUUAAAAUUCGUUGAAUAUUCGAUUGCUUAAACUUUAGUCAAAGUGAAGCUUUUUAUUGAAAAAAUUCAAGCUAAUUAAAGCUUGUGUGUAAAAAUCGACUGCUGAGUGAAAGAUCGACCUACAUAUCUCGGCAGCCAGUUCGAAAACACCCUAUCACAAAAAAAAACUUUUCAAAAACGCCCUAUUUCAGAAUUUGGUUGAAGAACAGCCUAUUUCAGAAUUCGGUUCAAAGAGCUCCCCAAGAAAAUCUCACUCGCGCCCCUCCGCCAGGAAAGUUAAAGAUCUCGCUGUCGCUUGUCUUACAAAGCUUUAAAUAACCAUAGUAUUUCCACUUAUAUUACCAGAAGUACUUUUGAGCGUUACUUGAAAACUUGUUUAAGCUUUCAGAGUAAAAGCUCGCUCUCUUCGUCACUGGCUCAAGGAAUGCUGCUAUUGCUGCUGCUCUGCUCGCUCGCCUUUUAAACACACAUCCCCUCUAGCUCUCCCAAAAAUAAGUUGCAUUUUAAUUAAGCUGUUCGCGGUGGUUUGUGUCACUACUUCUGCACUCUGGUUUGUGGCUAAGCUACACCCUAUACGUACUGUUAACUGUUUACUUUACUUUUUUUAUACACAUACUUAUACCAUUUACAUACAUAAUUAUAUACUACAUACAUAAAUAAUUACAUACAUAUAAUUAUGAUAAAAAAAAAAAAAAACUUAAAAUACUAUGUCUAAUGUAACGAAUAUUUUAAUGCUGAGCUGAUUAUAGUGAUGUUACUUUGAUUUCCAUUAAUUUAAAUAAAUAUGUACGUUUAAAGUUGACGCUAUUUUAUUGAUUUAUGAUUUGUUGAGAGAUGAAAACCGGAUUUCUUUACAUAAUUAUUUGUUUCACACUUUUUUUUUUUUGGUAUCGAAAAUGUGUAAAAAUGCACUUUAUAGCUAAACUGUUUAUGUUGCAGAAAAAAUAGUAAUAAUAUUGAAAAAUAGCAAAAACAAAAAAACAAGUAAUUUUUUUUAGAAAAAAAAACGAUAUUGCGAUUGUUGUCAUGUUAAUUUUUUGUAUGUAUGUAAUAUUUUUCUAAUUAUUUUGUAUGUAAUUUACCUACGAUUAAGAUGAACUUGCCUGCGCGCAGCAGUGUUAUUUAGACACUCAAACUACAAUGCAUACAUACCUACAUAUUUUUACGAGUACAUAUUUAUAAAACUUAUCUGCAGAGAUACGAAUAUAAAAGAUGUGUGUACUACGUUACGUUACGUUACGUUCGUUUUUAUUAAUUUUCCAUAGAAUUUAGUCUUUAUUACAUACAUACAGCUGCAUAUGCAUAUACAUACAUACUACCGCAUACAACUACUAAGUAUAUGAAUAUAUGCUAUGCUAUGCGAUGCUAUGCUUAUACAAUACAAAAUAUAAAUACGAUUAUGAAAAAAAAUUUUAAAGUAAAAAAAAACAGUAAAUAUUCUUGCGUUGCGCUCAAUUAAUAUUGAAGCACCACAAAAACAACACACACACACACACACACACACUCUUUGUUAAUAUAUUUAAGAGAUUUUAAAUAAAUAUUUAUAAUCAUAAGAAUAUCACUACUUCACAAUACUUGUAUGUAUGUAUAUGUUUGCUUAAAGAAAGAAAAGGAGUGUGGAGUUGAUAAGAUAAGAAUUUCAUUAAGCCAAUAAAUAUGUAGGCACGCAAAAAGUACUAUGCCCUUUUAGAAAAGAAGAAAAAUGUAUUGAAAAUAAAUGUUGCUUAUGCAGCCAGUUUGAAGCGGCCGAACGAAUGAAAACAAAAAACCGUUUGUUAUAAAUGUACUGGUAUGUUUUGUGUACUGUUUAGUACUUUUUCUACAUUGAUAAACUAGCGUGUGCUGCAUAUGUAUUAUGUACAUAUGUAUGUAUGUAUGUACAUAUGUAUGUAUGGGUGUAAGCGACUCAACUGCAACACUUCCUGAAACAACCAGAUGGGGUGAGCGUUGGACUGAGCAGGUCUAGCUGAAGUUUGAAAAAAGUACUAAAAAGCUGAUUAACUUUUAAUGAUAUUCGAAAGCAGCUGCCGAAACUUUUUCAUGCUUUUUUUUUUGUUUUUAUUUUGCUAAAUUUUUUGGGCGCCUUCAAUGUCCUUUGUAGCAUAUUUUCGCAUACUUUUUGCUCCAAUACAUAUUUAGAUCUCUUUAAAAGCCGUUAAUAUUCCGCGAAGCCAAGUUUUAUCGCUGGCAAAGCCCACAUUUAACAACAGAGCUGACGAGCUUACUCGCGAAUUUUCCUCAUUUUUCAACUCAAAGCGUGAAUAUUCACUUCCCAAACUGGAUGUAGCUAACCAAUUAUACAGCUUAAGCGCCUAGAAGCAUGCUACAAAACCUACAUACAUGCAUAUACAUAUCUAUAUGUACGCACACGCACACCCACACCCCCACCCACACCACACGAAAACAUUUGCCCCAUUGGCGUGGCAGGAGUAUGCGUGAGCUCAAAA